UUAUAAAUUUGUAUAGCGCACAUCACAGCCUAACGGACGCAUACGUGGGGCCUUAUUAAAAAAAUACCUCAGUUUUAAGGAUAAUUCUUGUAAUUUGUUGUGAGUGUGUGAACCUGUUAGUUUUAAAUAUACCAGGAAAGUGACGGUACAUUCGCGGGCUAAUCGGAGUGCGAGUACAAAAACAGCAAUGUUAGUGGACCUGUUUAUUUUGUGCUGCAUGUGGAUCAGUGCGGUUGUGACCAUGCCGAGCGUUCUUAAAGGAGAUGAAUCCUCGGUCAACGAGAUCCAGACCUACAGCUUCCCAUUCGUGAGCCGCGCGCAGUGGCACGCGCGCAAGCCUGACAAGGUGGAGCUGCUCCCAAACCCAGUCCCAUUCGUGGUGAUCCACCACUCCUACAUCCCACCAGCAUGUUACGACAGGAAAGAGUGCUCCAAUGCUAUGGUACACAUGCAGAACUUCCAUAUGGAUGACCACGAGUGGUGGGAUAUAGGAUACCACUUUGCGGUUGGCAGUGACGGCGCUGCAUACGAGGGCCGAGGCUGGGGCGUGCUCGGAGCACACGCAAAGCAUUUCAAUUACGUCAGCAUAGGCAUCUGUCUCAUUGGUGACUGGAGAUCCCAAGUACCUCCUGCAGAACAGCUUAAAACAGCUCAGGGUCUGAUCAACGCCGGAGUAGAGCUCGGCUACAUCAAACCAGACUACAAGUUAGUCGGCCAUCGCCAAGUAAGGAAUACGGAAUGCCCUGGAGACGCCCUCUUCAAUGAGAUCAAGACUUGGGAACAUUACUCUCCUUACCCGAACUCAUACCAUGAUCUGUUAGAUGUUAAAGAGUUACCGAGUUUUGUGAAGGGGAUAAUCUUGAAUGCUACUGUUGCCCCAUAGGGCUUGUAGUUGCAAGUGAUUUUGGACUGAAUCUUUAAGGUGAUAAAGCUUAUUAUUUAAAAUUUGAGAUUUGUAUUAGUGACCUGUUUGUACAACGUAUAAAAUGUGAGAGUAUGUUAGUGUUUGUUUGUAUGUGUUUUGCUGUUACCUCUUUACGCAAUAAUUGAUCAAUGUAGGCUUCAUAAUGUAAUGGUUUGGACUGUUAGCAGGCCUGAAAUAAUUCCUUCAAUAUUUUUUUAUAUAUAUUUAUAACCAUGUAUGUAAUUACUCAAUUAAAUAACUAUCUAGACUAGGAUAUGAUUUGAAAGUGUAUGAAUGUCUAUUUAAAACUCUUAGAUUGUAAGUUUUAAUUUUUAGUAAAUUAAAAAUUAUGUAAAACUCAACAAAUUAAAUAAGUAUUAUUAAAUUCUAUUUAUACUAAUUACGUUAAUUUAUUUGUUCUAGAAACGUAGGUUCUGAUUAGAUUAUAACCUGUUCUUUACUUCAAAAUACUCUACAUUGACAAAAAAAACAGUUUAUUUAAAUGUUAUUCCCAUAAAUAUUUACCAUUUGUAUAUCGUUUUUUAUAAGAAAACCGUAUUGUUCUUUUGUGAAGCGGACUUUGUAAUUAUCUAAAUAUAACCUUAAUGUAGGAUUUAUAAAAUACCUUUUACGGCUGUGACUAAUUUAUAACAUAAGUGCCUUAUUGUGAAGUUGUGAUAAGAAUAAAUGAUAAUUAUUAUAUAAUUUUACAAUACCAACUUAUUAUUAAGCCCUCUAUAAACAAUAAUGUUGAUAUUUUGAAAUCCUGUUUCCCGUUUCUUACUUAUCUAAAAGCCACUAAUUAUCCUAAUAACUAAAAUUCGAAGUAAAGUAUCUGUACUUAGGUAUCCUUAAGAAGUGUAUCAUGUAAAUGAAAAAAAAUGUAUCAAAAUACAGAAUGUACCUUUCAA